GUUGCAUUGAGGACUGCACAUGUGUAAGCACAGUGCACGCAUGUGAAUUUCAAAAUACAAACUGGUCUGACUUGCGGUUGUCAACAGGGUAACGUGAAUUUCUUACUUCCAAGAUUCAGAUUCUUUGAUUAUUAGUAAAAUGUCAGACGGCGAGGAUGAUUUUAUGUGCGCAGAAGAGGAAGAUUAUGGUCUUGAAUAUUCGGAGGACUCGAAUUCGGAACCAGAUGUUGAUUUAGAAAAUCAAUAUUAUAAUAGCAAAGCUUUAAAGGAGGAUGAUCCGAAGGCAGCAUUACAGAGUUUUCAAAAAGUUUUGGAGUUAGAGGGAGGAGAGAAGGGUGAAUGGGGUUUCAAAGCUUUGAAACAAAUGAUAAAAAUUAAUUUUAAAUUGGCUAAUUAUAAGGAAAUGAUGGCCAGGUACAAACAGUUAUUAACGUACAUUAAAAGUGCAGUUACAAGAAACCACUCUGAAAAAUCUAUAAAUUCCAUAUUGGAUUAUAUUAGCACAUCGAAAAAUAUGGAACUGUUACAAGACUUUUAUGAAACUACUUUAGAUGCAUUAAAAGAUGCUAAAAAUGAUAGGUUAUGGUUUAAGACUAAUACAAAAUUGGGAAAGUUAUACUUUGAUCGAUCGGAUUUUAAUAAGUUAGCAAAAAUAUUAAAACAACUUCAUCAGAGUUGUCAGACUGACGAUGGGGAGGAUGAUCUGAAAAAGGGAACUCAGCUUUUAGAGAUAUAUGCUUUAGAAAUACAAAUGUACACAGCACAAAAAAAUAAUAAGAAAUUAAAGACUUUGUACGAGCAAAGCUUGCACAUUAAAAGUGCUAUACCACAUCCAUUAAUAAUGGGAGUCAUUAGAGAAUGUGGUGGUAAAAUGCACUUAAGAGAAGGUGAAUUCGAGAGGGCACACACAGAUUUCUUUGAAGCCUUUAAAAACUAUGAUGAGUCUGGAUCCCCGAGACGUACGACGUGUUUGAAAUAUUUAGUUUUGGCAAAUAUGCUAAUGAAAUCUGGUAUAAAUCCGUUUGACUCUCAAGAGGCAAAGCCGUAUAAAAAUGAUCCAGAGAUCUUGGCAAUGACGAAUUUAGUGGUCAGUUAUCAAAAUAACGAUAUUAAUCAAUUUGAAUUAAUAUUGAAACAAAAUAGAAAUAAUAUAAUGGAUGACCCUUUUAUAAGAGAGCACAUCGAGGACUUGUUACGUAAUAUACGUACUCAGGUUUUGAUUAAAUUAAUAAAACCGUACACUAGAAUUUAUAUACCUUUUAUAAGCAAAGAAUUAAAUAUCGAUGUAUCAGAGGUUGAGAGCCUUUUAGUGUCUUGUAUUUUGGAUAGUACCAUUCGUGGCCGUAUAGAUCAGGUGAAUCAAGUUCUUGAGCUGGAUAAAAAAUCUGUAUGCGCAGCGCGUUACAAUGCUCUCGAUAAAUGGACGAGUCAAUUGCAUUCUUUACAUUUAGCCAUAGUAAAUAAAAUGUCAUAAGAAGCGUGGUGGCCGUGAUCCCCGAACAAAAUCGAGCUCUAGAUAUUACUCUGUAUAGUAUAUCAUAAAUGCCUGUCCCCGACUGUAUGAAAAAUAAAAUCUAUUGUGAUAU